UCAUUCAGGGGUGUCACUCAAGCCUGCGAAGAUGGCGACUACGGGCAGAAAUACACUCCUGUCGGUUAGCACAAAUGUAAAUAACAGCACUUCCGAAAGCCAAAAUCCCGAGGAUGAUGACGGGCAGAAUUUAUGGUCAUCGAUAUUGAGUGAGGUAUCGACGCGAUCCCGGUCAAAAUUGCCGUCGGGAAAGAAUGUGGUGGUUAUGGGUGAGGUGGGUUCUGGCAAGACCACCCUUGUGGCCAAACUACAAGGUGUAGAGGAGUACAUGAAGGGGCGGGGUUUAGAGUACAUGUAUUUCAGUGUUCAUGAUGAUGACAUUGAUGAUCAUGCACGGUGUAACGCGUGGGUGCUUGACGGAGACCUCUAUCACAAAGGCCUGCAGAAGUUCGCCGUGUCGACAGAGAACCUUGCGGACUCGCUGGUUCUGUUUGUGGUGGAUCUCUCUCGGCCGUGGCUGGCCCUCGAUUCGCUGCAGAAAUGGGGCAGUGUGGUGAGGGAUUACCUGGACAAACUCAGAGUACCUCCUGAAACCAUGAGAGAGCUGGAGCACAGAUCGGUCAAACAGUUCCAGGAGUAUGUGGAACCAGGAAGUGAUCUGGACGGUGUGCCCCAGAGAAGGAAUCCUGAAUCGGAGGAAGAGAGCGUCCUGCUGCCCCUGGGGGACAACACACUUACAAACAACCUGGGCCUGACUAUAGUGGUGGUCUGCAAUAAGUGUGAUGCGAUCAGCACUUUGGAGAAGGAGCACGAUUAUAAAGACGAGCACUUAGAUUUCAUCCAGUCUCACGUCCGGCGCUUCUGUCUGCAGUAUGGGGCAGCACUACUCUACACAUCCAUGAAGGAGAACAAAAAUCUAGACUUGUUAUAUAAAUAUCUCGUUCACAGGUUAUACGGCUUUCCCUUCGACAUCCCAGCUCAGGUGGUGGAGAAAGACUCAGUGUUUAUUCCAUCAGGAUGGGACAAUGAAAAAAAGAUUGCCAUCUUGCAUGAAAAUUUCCAGACAUUAAAAGCAGAUGACAACUUUGAAGAUGUAAUAGUGAAACCUCCAGUUAGAAAGUUUGUACAUGAGAAGGAAGUUCAAGCUGAAGAUGACCAAGUAUUUCUAGUAAAGUUGCAGUCUCUCUUAGCCAAACAGCCUCCAGUCACUGCAGGAAGACCAGUGGACCCAACAAACAGAGCCCCCACAGGCUCACCAAGGACGACCAACCGUUCAGCUGCGGCCAACGUGGCUAACGUCAUGCCCAUGCAAUCAGGUACCAAGAAGAUUGAUCCCAACAUGAAAGGCGGUCAGACCAGCGAGGGCGUGCUGGCCAACUUCUUCAACAGUCUGCUGACUAAGAAAGCAGGCUCGCCUAGCCCGGGCGCUCAGCCCACAGGGGGAGGGGGUAACACACCGGGAACAGUCCGCAAGUCAGGCUCCAAAUUGGGGUUGACAGACGUCCAGGCUGAGCUGGACCGGAUCUCCAACAAAUCUGACCUGGACUCAGCCCCUAACGCCACCACGCCCCCUGCUGAAAACGAUGAAUCCUGAACAAGAGGCGGGGUCUAUUUACUAUCAAGCCCCUCCACAUACACUGCUCUCUCCGCCCCCCUGCCACCUCUCCUCCCUUCCUCUCCCUCGCCCUUUUCUUGCUCUUGUUCAGAGAGGGAUUUAUUCCCGUUUAUUCCUUGUAAGGCCAGUGACUUGAAGUUGCAUGUUGGGCAAAUGAAGAUGCUACAUCUGUCUCCACACAAUACGCGCACAUGUACAGCGGAUGAUUCUGUAAAACACAGAGACAUACAGAAUGAGGACUGAUGUAGAAAUGAAGGACACUAGAUCAGUGUUGGACACUAACAGAGAGACUUAGGAAUUAGGAUGUAGAGCGAAGUCAGAUUAGAAAGUAAAGGGGGGUUAUGACAUUUGUUUAUAUGUAUGCGAGUUAGAUUCUUCAGCUUUCGGUUGUAAUUGUCUUCCUGUAAGAGAAGAACCUUGUACGUCUACCGUGAAUGUCACUCGGCUUCUGACAAACAAACGCACAUGUUUACUUUUCUAAACGUCUUAUUAUGCCUCAUCUGAACAAAAAAUAAAGGGAAGCAUCACAUUUCA